AUGAAUGAGAAACAAAUUCUUGGCGUUGCUGGUAGCAGUAAUGAUGUACACCUUAUGACAUUAGAAUAUUAUAACGAACAUAAAGAUGAACUGAAAGGAGAGAAGGGUGACACCGGACCUCAAGGACCACAAGGAAUACAAGGAAUACAAGGAAUACAAGGACCUCAAGGCGAAAACGGUUUGGAUGGAAAGGAUGGAAAGGAUGGAAAAACUGCUAAAUCAUGGAUAUGGGACCUUAUAAAUACUGGUUUAACAGCUGCUUCAUAUGGAGUUCUUCAAUACCAAAUCGGAAAGAUAUGGGCAGUACUUGGUGAAGAAGUUUUAAAUGACGUUAAAAAUGCUUUGAACUUCAUUUCAAAUGGUUCGGAUACUAUUAAAACUUUAUCUGGUUGGAUGCAAGAAACAAGGAGUCAAAUAGAUACUGUAAGACGUAUAGCAAACAAUGCACGUACGGGAUUGGAUACUUUACGACAAGCACAAAAUACACUAAAGGAAGCAAAUGAUAUUCUUGGCUCAGUAUCAGACAUGCAUGAAGAUUGGCUUAAAGGUAUUGACAAAUCUUUAAAAAAUCACAGUCAGUCUAUUGCUGACUACAAGAAAAGUAUAGAUUUUUUACAUAGUGCUAUGGACGUACAUGAUGGAAGCAUAAGGAACUUACUUAAUGCUAACAAUAACUUACCAGGAACUAUUAAAGCAUUUAUAAAGUCCUUUGUAAAACCCGGUGCUCUAACAUUUAGGUCUUUGAGAGCAAGAGCAUUGAAGUCAAGAGAUGCAGAAACUCCAACAGAAGGAACUGAAACAACAGAAACUCCAGAAGAACCACCAAAACCAACAGCUAAUGAAAUAUUGUUCGAAUAUUUUCCAAGGUACUCUGUUCUCAUUGCAUACAUUCAAGAAAUACUUAAGAAAGCAGACUUGACUUUAGGAGAUGAUGAAAGUUCUGUAUAUCUUUCGUUCCA